CUUGGCAUCUCCUCUCUGCUUCUUGUUGAUAAAAAGAAUGAAGCUAAACGAGUCAAGAGGUGGUGAAACAGAGAAGCACAGGCGACAACAGCAACAUUUCGAUCACGAGCUAAAGAACAUGAUCUCUUCGUUAACCCACAUGGGAGGAGGAGGAGGAGGAGGAGAGAAGGCACAUGCAGGACCGAGCCAAUACGAAGAAGAAGAGGAUGGCGUCAGAGUCAUCACGCUUUCUGGAUCAAACCUUGGAGCAACCAUGAAGACAGAGCUUGACAACAAUCAUGGAGACAGCCACAAGAAUGGAGAUCAAGAGCUUGAGUUUUUGAGCACUUAUGUUAAUAGCAACUUCCAAGCUGUUAACAAUUCGAUUAUGAUAGGGGCCAAGUACGAGACUCAUGAUCCUGGUGUUCACCUUGACAUUUCCGGGGAUGUGGAGAAGCCUUCGAUGAAGGUACCCGCGAGGAGCUCAAGGGGAAAGAAAGGUAAAACUCCUGCAAGAAGUGACCGUCGAGAAUCUGAACAUACAAACUGAAUGGUGUAUCUUCAUGGACAAAGCAAUUUGAUUUGCUUCAGUAUUAAUUCUCUUUUGUAUUUCUUGUCUUACCUUCUCUAAAUAAUCAGAGAAGUGGUGCAUGCUAAAGCACUUUACUUUCUCUUCGAGGUUGUUGUUUUCGCUUGCGCUUACUAUAUAACAUGUUCUAUAUAUAUAGUCUAUUCUCAAUA